AUCAAGAAGUUAGUUCGUCUCGGUAUUCCAGAGUCUGUACGUGGCAAAGCUUGGCAAUUCAUGGCUGGAGUCCACAAAUAUCGUAAAAAGGAUGUUUUUGAUAAAUUACGAGAUAAAGAAAAAUUGCCAAUAUAUGAUGAUAUCGAGAAAGACAUUGAUAGGUGUUACCCUGAUCAUAUUCACUUCCGUGAAAAAGGUUUUGGUCAAGAAGAUCUUUUUAAUAUAUUGAAAGCAUAUGCACAUUAUGAUACUGUAGUAGGGUAUUGUCAGGGUAUGGGACGUCUAGUUGGAAUGAUGCUAAUGCAGAUGCCUGCAGAAGAUACAUUUUGGCUUCUUGUUGCUACGAUAGAAGAGUAUAUGGGUGGUUACUUUGCUCCAGAUUUACCGCAAAUUAAAGUAGAUUCUCGCAUAUUUGAUUUGCUAUUAUUCGAACAUGAUCCCAAGCUGGCGCAACAUUUUAAAAAUGAGGGUGUUGAUCCAAUACUGUAUAUUCCGAAAUGGUUUUUGACGUUAUUUACUAUGGUUUUACCAUGGGCAUCAGUUCUUCGAGUAUGGGAUGUAUUUUAUUUUGAAGGUGUCAAGCUAUUUUUCAGAAUUGGACUAGCGAUUCUGGAUUGUACACGAGAUUACAUAUUAAGCCAUUGCCCGUCAACUUCAGAAAUUUUAGAAUUUUUGGGUUCAAUUCCACACGAACUAUUAACGCCCGACUUACUUUUAGAUGCUGCUUUCAAAAUUAAACUGAAACGUAGUACAAUAAAAAGGAUGAAUAAGAAAGCAACAGAAAAAAAUAGUGGUGAAUCGGAUAAGAAAUUAAAGAUUGACGGGAUUGAGUUUAAAUUAAUUGGUGACAAUGUAAAUAAAUGA